GACUCUUCGUUCUCUCUCUCUUCCAUGCAGCAGAACAAAGCUUCGAGCACCAAUUUUGUGUUUUCACACUCGUCUCCAAACCGUUUCCACACUGUGAAACCAAUGACCAAGCCCAGAUCUUGCGAUCUCCGUGGCUCCGGCUCCUCCUCAAACGAGACCCAAGGAAGUUCGACUCACCCAAGCCGACCCAGAAGUACGGCGCGAAGUCGACCCAACCACUCCUGUCCCGUCAACAUUAACUCCGGCAAUCCCUUCGGAUCUCCGUCCAGUACGAAUAUUAAUGGCAAACCCACAGAGACAGAAAGCACUAUCCAAACCUUACAAGAGCCAAUCCUCCCUAACUUAGCCGACUCUGAACUCAAUCAAGCUCCCAUCUAUUUGGUAGCAAAAGUGCUCACGGUUAAAUCCUUUAACCGAAAGAACUUCAUCGACAAAAUGACAAGCAAUUGGAACCAUAUCUCUCGUUCUCCUGUUACUAUCACAGAUCGUUCCAAUGGCCUCUUUCUCAUUGAGUUUGGUUGCGAUGGAGAUAGGCGCCGGGUUUUGCUUCAGCAACCUUGGACCUACCUCAACCAAGCUAUCCUCAUGGACAUCCCUACCUCGGUGGAAGUCCUCAACGGGGAUAGCUUGCUCAAAAUCCCUCUUUGGGUGCAAGUUUUCAAUACCCCGUUCCUUAAACGAACGGAGCAAUUGGCACAACUUGUUUCGGCUCCCCUCGGUCACCUGCUCGAGAUUUACCGACCCUCCCUUCGCGAAACAUGGGGCCCCUAUUUCAGAAUUAGAGUCAUGUUUGAUGUGGCCAAUCCGCUUCCGCGGGGUGUGCCUAUCCAUUUCACCGGAAUAAACAAAGUUGUUUGGCUCGAACUAAAGUACGAGAACCUUCCCGACAUUUGUUUUUUCUGCGGCCGCAUGGGGCACAGUUACAAUAAGGGAUGUGUGGAUUACAUGAAAGCUUGCGACGAAGCCCCGUUCCCCCCGGAGCUCAGGUAUGAUAUCAAAACCAUUGUGGGUAAAGUUAAGGUUUCCACUAACACUAUGUUGUGCUCUGAACAGCUUGCUUUUGCCAAUCCCCCGGUAGCUGUGUUCAUGACAAACAACCCUGCAAGUACGGUCUGUGUCGGCCCCCCCGAAACCAUACCUCCAUUUCCCACUUAUAACGCCCCUGACAAAGCCAUCACUCACGGCCAAACCCAGCAAGUUGGCCUUUACAAAUCGGGACCUUUACCCCCUGCCCGAGACCAUGAGCAAUGGAACCAAGUUGACUUACAAACCCGCGCCCCAAUCCCAAACCAACCCGACACCAGAUCUCCCUCCUACACAGCCCUUCUCAAUGCUACCAUGAGCAACACUAGUGCCCUCAAAGCUCCCCAAGCCUCCACCCCAAGCCAAACUAACACAUCCCAAAACUCAAGCAGUUCCAAAUCCACCAACUCGCAGUUUUGUCAAGUCCCCUUGCCCGAACACAUCCCUCUCCUUGACACCAGCAAGCGGCUCGAAGCAAUGAACCUCACCUACCAACCGGGUGCUGUUUUUCCUGUGGACUCAAAAGCCUCGAGGAAGAGAAACAAACCCGACUCAAAGGACAAGUUCAAAAGACAAGCCGAAAUGGUGAAUGGAGAGCUCCGCCAACAAAUCAAACGCUCUCGCUCGGACAAAUCACAAGCCACGGGAAACUCCUCAGGAAGCGCAGGCCUUGCCCCUGAGCAGGCCUGCCUGUCGCCAUGAAGAUUGUGAGCUGGAAUGCGCGUGGAAUUGGGAGUGAGCGUGCAUUCCGUAACCUCUCCCGUUUAGUAUCUGUCUGUAAACCCGAUAUUUUGUUUAUUAUGGAAUCUAGGCUUACUAAACAUGCUGUUGACACUCUUAGGCUUAAGCUUCAUUUUGAUUCGGGUUUGGAGGUCCCUAGAAUAGGUAGAAGUGGGGGCCUUAUUUUGUUAUGGACAAAUGAUGUAAUCGUUAACUUGCUUUCGCAAUCUAUAAGUCAUUUUGAUUGUUAUGUCUCUUGUUCCUCGCAAAGCAAUACUUUCCACUUAACCUGUUUUUAUGGCUCUCCUAUAGAGUCGAAUAGACCUCAAACUUGGAAAAUUCUUGAUCGAAUAGGCAGAAGCAACCCUAUUGACCCGUGGCUUAUCAUCGGGGAUUUUAAUGCCUUCUUGUUUUCAAAUGACAAACAAGGGGGUAACCCUGACAGAGGACCUUCGAUUGACUUCAGGCGAUUUCUUGACCUUUUCAAUCUCACCCCCCUCGACCCUAAAGGCCCCCCUCUCACGUGGAACAAUAAUGUGGCUGCCCCGAGAAACAUCCAGGAGCGAAUUGACUGGGGGAUCGUAAACAAUGCCUGGAUCAACAAUUUCCCUAAUGCUCUCCUCUCCCAUCUUGGCUUUUUCGGCUCGGACCAUCGUGCCUUAGAGUUGGCUACCUCAAACCCCCACAUCACCUCUCAGAGGGCUAAUAACAAGCGGUUUCUCUUUGAAAAUGUUUGGCUCUCGGACCCAAACUGGACCCAAGUCUUCCAGAAAUCUUGGGCUAAUCCUGAAAACCUUCAGGCAGCCAUUCCCAAUUUAAUUGCCAUCCAAAAGCAGUGUGCCAAAACUCUUACCGCUUGGAACCAUAAGAAAGAUUUUCAGUUCAAAAAGCACAUUCUGAGAUUGGAAAAGGAUCUUGAGAAAGCCCGUGAGAGCCCAGUUUGGGACGCCCAAACAAUUGCAAAAAUCAAAGAUGUCCAAUCCAGGUUAG